AUGUUGUUCAGAUCUAUUACCCUACUCAUGGUGAUAGGUAUCACCUCAGCGGCCUCAUUGGUCAAACGAGUCGAUCACAUGGACUUUAAGAUCAAAUUUGGCCACAACACCGGGUCUUAUGUUACAGACGAGGAGAUCAAAGGCGUCAAUGACAGAGUAUCAUACGACGAAAGUUUGAUCGUGAAGGGACGACAUGAAAGGACUUUCCAUUGGGAGCAAAAUGAUCAAAUUAGCACCAGGAGAUUCCAUUUUUACACUUAUCGCGAGGAUUCCAACGAGAUAACAAAUAGAUUUUGUUGCUCCCUUACAGGACAUGUUGACAGAGUCACUCUAGGCCUGAUGACUCAUAAUUAUCAUCUAAGAAGUCCUAAGGAUAAAUCUUUGGAUGAUUUAGAAGAUUAUGGUCUCUUCAGUGGGUUAUUGGAUAAAAAAUACGAUCAAGCCGUAUUAUAUUGUUAUCCAUUUGGAUAUGCUGAAAACCCAUACUACGUGAUCGACAGCACAACUUUGAAGGACACUUAUUAG